GCGGUGGGAGGUUCUUUGACGGACAAAGUUGUGUUUAUUAAAACUGGACGUUCAUAUUCUGGAACAGAACACGCGGAAGGUCUUCAGUGAAAAGCGAAGGACAAGAAAGCCUGUGAUAUAGGACAAAGGAUGCGGGGUGAACCGGGGCCAGUCCAAAUUGUGACAGUCAACAAGGAGGAUCACUCCUUUGAUCUGGAUACAGAGGCUCUCAGUCGAAUUCUUUUGGCGCCUGAGGUUCGAGAUAAGGAUGUUGUGGUGGUGUCUGUCGCUGGAGCCUUCCGAAAAGGGAAAAGUUUCGUUUUGGAUUUCAUGCUCCGAUACAUGUAUAGGAAGCCUGGUCAGGACUGGCUUGGGCAGGAAAAUGAGCCACUGACAGGUUUCUCCUGGAGAGGAGGCUCCGACCCAGAGACCAUCGGCAUCCAUCUGUGGAGUGAAGUUUUCAUUGUCCGGAAGAUGGAUGGAAGUGAGGUUGCAGUGCUUUUAAUGGACACACAAGGAGCGUUUGAUUCUCAGUCCACAGUGAAAGAUUGUGCCACCAUCUUUGCCCUCAGCACCAUGACUAGUUCUAUCCAGAUUUAUAACCUGUCACAAAAUAUCCAGGAAGAUGAUCUACAGCAACUUCAGCUGUUUACAGAGUACGGGCGACUUGCAAUGGACGAAAUCUUUCUGAAGCCUUUUCAGUCGCUUAUGUUCCUGGUCAGAGACUGGAGUUUCCCAUAUGAGUAUAAAUUUGGGUUUGAGGGAGGAAGCAGUUUCUUGGACAAACGUCUUCAAGUGAAGCAGACUCAGCAUGAGGAGCUUCAGACAGUGAGAGAGCACAUUCACUCCUGUUUCACCUCCAUUUCCUGUUUUCUCUUACCACACCCUGGCCUGAAGGUGGCAACAAGCCCUGCAUUCAAGGGACAGCUGUGUGAUGUGGCUCCAGAUUUUAAGGAACAGUUACGUCAACUCAUUCCCAACCUGCUCAAGACUGACCAGCUGGCUGUGAAAGAGAUCAAUGGGAAUAAGGUGACCUGCAGAGGCCUGCUGGAGUACUUCAAAGCAUAUAUUAAGAUAUAUCAGGGAGAAGACCUUCCACACCCUAAAUCCAUGCUAGAGGCCACAGCAGAGGCCAAUAACCUUGCAGCGGUGGCGUCAGCCAGAGACCAGUACUACAAGAAUAUGGAGAAGGUAUGUGGUGGAGAUCUCCCUUAUGUGUCUCCUGACUCACUGGAGGAAAAGCACCGCUUCUUCCUGCAGACGGCCCUUCAGCUCUUCUCCAGCACUAAGAAGAUGGGUGGGCGGGAUUUCUGUGACCGAUACAAGGAACAGUUGGAAACAGAGCUGAUGGAGCAGUGGGAGUCCUUAAAAAAGCACAAUGAGUCCAAGAAUGUUUUCAGUGCCUUCCGGACACCUGCAGUGCUGUUUGUCCUGAUCUGCCUCCUGUAUGUGCUGUCAGGAAUUUUGUACUUCAUUGGCCUGGAAACUAUUUCCUUUGCAUGUGACUGUGUAGUUGGUCUAGCCAUGAUUGCUAUGCUGACCUGGGCCUGUAUCCGGUACUCUGGCCAGUACAGAGAAGUAGGCACAGCCAUAGACCAAGCUGCUGGAGUAAUACUAGAGCAGGCCACAGAUGUGGUAAACAAGACAAGAGGCCAGGUUCAGGUGGCUGCACAACAUAAGAAGACUAGAUAGCUUCUUGUCCUGGCAUCUUCAGUUUGAUUGAGAUGUAAACUGCACAGACGCGACCAAUGAUAUGAUACCAAAUAUUGCUGAUCUCCGAAUAUAGGACUUAAAUCUCUCCUUAUAAUUCAGGUUGACUGAUUUUUUGCAAGAUGUCUUAAACCAGAUUUUUAAAUAUCAACACAAAUAUGAAUAUAAACCAAAUAUCACAAACCAGCAGUUUUUCAGGGACAUUUGUGUAUUUAGCACAAGGGCUCUCUCCACAGAGCUGCAUUGAUACGUUUACAGUUGUUCGUUCCUGUACAGCCAAAUACAUCCUCCAUAGCAGGUCAAGGUCGUGUAACUUUUGGAUUGCACUUGCAUUGCGCUCUGUUGGUUUGUUCUCUUUAGCCAUGAAUACCUUUGCACAUGAACUGCCAUUUUCAUUAAGGCUUGAGCUUGAUAUGAUGUUUAGUAUUAAAAGUGUAAAUACACUAUUAUCUGACCUUUGCUAGACCUGGUUUAUAAGCUGUGUACCAAACUGUGGCCUUUCUGUGCAUUCCAUCUUGUAUACAUACAUUUAUGAAUUCUGCGAUAAAUCCUGUCAAUAAGUUUGUUUCACUUUGUUUCAUCAGGGUAACAAACAUAUUUUAUUCCGUUCCAAUGGACUUCUUGAGUGCUCGAUUGGUCCUGUACACCCCCUUUUAACUGCUGGCAUGUUGUUGGGUGUUCAAAACCAUCCUGACGCAUGAUUAAGUUGGAAUGAAAGUAUUGAUAGAAAAGCCAAUAUUAACUGUUAUAAAAUGCCUUGAGGAAAGCUCAGUCAUUGUGCACUAUUCUGUAACUUACUAUUGUUAUCAGGUUCAUAUUUGCAUAUCAUAUUAGUAAACACCUGAUUUGAUUCUGUUUUUUUGUUGUUGUUUUUUUUAGUAGUUUGAGCACUGUUGCGUCUUACUAUCAUUUCGUUUUCAUUUUUGUCAUAUGACAUUCCUCUUUCAUGUAUGAUUUGGCAGUGAAAGUGUAUACCUGGAUAAUUCAGUUUCCAGACAUAUGAUAGUAUGUGAAAGCAGAUCUGUUUUUGUUUUUCAGAUUUUUACAGACAAUGACAAUAUGUGUUUGCCCCCAAGGCAAGUCUGUAAUGUGUCUGUGGCAUUGUUCUUUGAUGCAUUCCACCAAAGCCUCGUUUGUUGGGUUUUGAAUGUGUCCGAUCUCUUCACGUUUUCAAUAGAGUGGACCUGCCUAAACUCACCUACCAGGGAUCAUUCUCUGUCCCUGUUUAUACUUUUUACUGCUGCAUACACUUUACAUUAUAUAUUCAACCCUAAAAAUAAACAAAUAAGCAUGCAA